AUGUCUACGCUGAACAGCGGUGACAACACCAUGUACAAAGACGCCGGGGGGGACCAGACGACGCUCAGGGCUGCAGUGGCUGCUGUUGACACUGCGACGAACCUUACGUCUGUGAUGACAAUAGCGGAUGGCAGCCCGCCAAGCAUGAAGGAGAUUGAACUUCAAGACAUCCGCUACGCGCAAGAGUGUCUCUUUAGCAUUGGAGUGAAGCCGGCACAAGUGCGCAUCAAAGGAUCGCGCAGCCCGGUGUCGGCUGACGUGGAGGCCGUGAUCGAGUGCGAGACGACGGGCUCCCAGCCUCCAGCCAACAUCAGCUGGCGGCUGGAGAAGACACCCCUGAGAGAGGCCCAGGUGCUGGCGAGGGGCGCCAACGGCACGGCCAGUUUGCUCCGCUGGACGCCGCGGCCACAGGACAACGGCCGCCGGCUCAUCUGCGUAGCCCUGAAUGACCGUUUCCCGGAGGACGGCAUCGACGACGUCUGGCCGCUUGACGUGCACUACAAGCCGAUCGUGGAGCUGCGGCUAGGCCAAGGCCUGGACUCCUCCGGCGUGCAAGAGGGCCACGACGCCUACUUCGAGUGCUCGGUUCGUGCCAACCCACCGGUGAAUGAAGUCGCCUGGAGCCUGGAUGGCCGGCGGCUCAGUGGCGCCCGCCUCAUCGUGAGCAACCUGUCGUUGGCACUGCGACAGGUGACACGCCACCAGGCCGGCCUCUACCGCUGCACGGCGCAAAACUCGGCAGGACAGACAGUCAGCAACGCCGUCCGGCUGCGCGUUAAACACGCUCCCGUGUGCGAGCGGGAGGAGAGUGCACUGUUCCUAUCGGCCGUGGAACAGGAGGUGGAGCUGGCGUGCGCCAUGGUGGCGGAGCCCCCGCAGCUCCUCUUCUCCUGGUCCCUCAACGGCUCCCUGGGAAAGAGGGAGCUCACUGGAUUCCAGAGCCAUGGCGCACGCUCCAGCCUCAAGUUCCGACCCAAGUCUGAAGUAGACUACGGCACCCUCGAAUGCACGGCCCGGAACAGCGUCGGAUCUGCAAUACGGCCGUGCAUCUUUCAUCUCCUGCGACCUCCAGGCAACACGUGGCUGUCCCGUAAAUGGUACAACUGCAGCGUAUGGAAUGCUACGUCAUCCGCGGUGCAGGUAGUCUGCCAGAGGGGCCCCGUUCCUUCUGGUGUUGACCCUGGGGCACUGGCCCCGUCAUCAGCAGGCAGCCGACCACCAUCCCCGGGUCCUGCAUAG